AUGUCGCCGGAACGUGUCAAUCGCCAUCCGUCAAAUCACGGCACUGUCUCUGAUAAGUCACCCCUCCAGAAGCUGGUGGGUAAACUCGACGACAUAAGCAAAGAAGAGAAGCGAGCCCGUAUUGAAAGCGCCGAGCACCGUGCUCGUCAGAAAUCAACAGCGAACCAAUCUCGAAGAGUUGAUAUCGGAAAUCAGCAACCUUUGUCUCGCAAUCCAGAUGCAGGCUACCGUCGCCACGAAAGGAGAUACUCGUCUGCGCCUACGCAAGGAACCGAAUCCGACAGAAACAUGCAACAAGGACGACCCUCGCUGGAUUAUGGAGGACGUCCGUCUGGUGUCGCUGAUUCGGAUCGGUUGAAUGCUGGGCAAAAGUUCAGGCGUGCCUCUGACGCUCUGAGAAUGCAAGGGCAAGCACAAGCCGCAGGAGAUAGCCUCAGCUAUACCGAGUAUCCAAGGCAACCUGAAGACCAGACACGACUCGAAAGAUCAAACUCAAAGAGCUAUCGCCAUCGGGCGCGUGACGCUGGCUUUGCUGGAGCCGCCGCCGCCGCUGCUGUACCCUCUCAUAGCGCUCACGCACACACUGAUGUUGGUAGCAAUGAACGUGGUCGGCGCUCGUCUAGUCACUAUGACGAAGCUGGCUUGGGUAGCCGUGACAUCAACCACAAUGCCAACCAGCACACCAAUACUCGAGGCCAGCCUGCAAGCCAAUACAGUUCGUCUCAUGUCCCCGUCGCCCAACAGUCUCUCCAUACUUCUCGUAUCGGAGAAAGUGGAGGCACGACAGCCGCUAUCCGACACCAGGAUGCGGACCCCGUCCCACCCAAAUCUGUCAAAACUGGUCACAAGCAUGGACCCGCUUACAACAUCCCUCCUCAAACCGCUGGAGGACAGGAUGCGAGAGACCAUGUAGGCUUCUCUAACGUCCAGCCCAUAGCUCCUCCUCGGGACGACCAACCUACGAAGCGUAACAAUCAUCACGGUGUCAGUAAUUUAUUUCAUCGACAUCAGCAUAAGGAUGGCACCUAUCGAAAAGGACCCGAGCUUCAAGAAUGGCGUCAGGCGGGUGUAGCAAGAUUGUUCGCAGAAGAUCACGAUGUUCAAGAUCCAGUACAAGCCACUGCUAAUAAGAACGAUCCUUGGUGGGAGGGUAGAGGGUCGCGAAAAAGUAACCCCACUCAAAACAGGUCAGGUGUGUAUGAUGGGGCCUAUGACGAACCAGCAAAGACUUUCCGACCCCCGCUGUUCCUGAAAUGCGGCCCAUUGUUACGUUAUACCGGUAUGCGCCGAGAGAAGACAACGCAGUCGAACCGUACUGGUCAUACCGAGAAAGAGAUAUGGAGAGGCACUGUGAUGAUCGUGACUCAAGAUGAGCGCUCCUUGUAUGAGGAGAUUCCAACACUUCGUUUGUUCGCGCAAUCGAUGGAGUUGUUGCCACCUUUAUCAGCAGAGCACCAACAGAACCCACCAUCCGAGUACCUGGAUCCGAUCGCUGGCCAAAUGAAAGUCUCUCGAAAUGGACAGCCACUUUUUGUGAGGCCUGUGACUGCUCUUGAGGAUGGCGUCGACGUUUCUCGGGUUGAGGACGAGUCUGGUUUGUUUGAGCUAACACGAUCAACCGGCCAAGGACCUCAGCAAACCCAAAGUCCUGAGAAUGUACCCGACAAGCCUCGGAUUCGAGCUCGCGACGGCGAGAAAGCUGGCAAGUAUCGCGAAGUCAAGGCUGUUCGUUUGCACAGAGAGCGUGGUGUUACUUUCUGGCGAUUCAAUCUCGAGAUUGAGCUUGGCUUAAAACAAGCGCGAGUUGCGUAUCGGAUCAAUCGGGGUCCAGCCACCGGGUUUUGGGUUCCUGGGAGAGGUCAAAGCAUGAACGUUAUGUUCCAUUCUUGCAAUGGCUUCAGCUUGUCCGUGAACUCAAAUGAGUUCACAGGGCCAGAUCCUCUUUGGCGAGAUGUCCUGAACAAACAUCUGUCGAGACCUUUCCAUGUCAUGCUCGGUGGCGGAGACCAGAUCUACAACGACGCUGCCAUGCGCGACACGGUAUACUUCAAAGAGUGGCUGCAAACCAAGAAUCCGGAACACAAGCACAGAGCCGACUUCACGGAAGAGAUGCAAGACGAGCUUGAGACAUUCUACCUUGACAGGUAUAGUAUGUGGUUCUCCCAAGGUCUAUUUGGUAUGGCCAACAGCCAGAUCCCAAUGGUGAAUAUCUGGGACGAUCAUGAUAUCAUUGAUUACUACAUGCUUUUCCAGCACCAGAGUGUAGUGUCUGAGACCCAACGCGAGGAGCCCUCGUGGGUGUUGGGUGCAUCUCCAGGACCCUACAUCAACGAGCUCAGUCGCAGUGUAUUCAUGUUCCUCGGCCGAAAGGUUGCAUUCCUAGGCUUGGACUGCCGGACGGAAAGGAUGAGAGACGAGAUUCUGAGCCAGGAAAGCUACGAUAUUGUGUUCAACCGAUGUCGAUCAGAAAUCAUCAAAGGAGAAACCAAGCAUCUCAUCGUCCUACUUGGUGUACCCAUCGCGUAUCCAAGACUCAACUUUUUGGAAAACAUAUUGACAUCGAGGAUUAUGGAUCCCAUCAAAGCCAUUGGCCGGACCGGUAUCCUGGGCGGUUUCAUCAACAAAUUUGACGGUGGUGUUGAGAUUCUGGAUGACCUGGAUGACCAUUGGACUGCCAAGCACCACAAACCUGAAAGAAACUGGUUCAUUCAAGAGCUGCAAGAGCUCGCAGCCAGCAAGUCUGUACGAAUCACCAUUCUUGGAGGCGACGUACAUUUAGGUGCAGUGGGACAAUUCUACACAAAGAAGAAGCUGGGUGUCCCCAAAGACAGAGACCAUCGUUACAUGCCCAAUGUCGUGUCCUCUGCCAUUGUCAACACACCUCCGCCAAACAUCAUGGGCGACGUGCUUAACAAGCGUAACAAAAUUCAUCAUCUGGAUGCCGAGACCGACGAGGACAUGAUCCCCAUGUUCGAGCAGGAUGUUAAUGGUAAAGCUCGAAACAACCUCCAUCUCCUACCUAGGAGAAACUUCUGCAGCAUUAGAGAGUACAUUCCAGGCUCCACCCCGCCUCCUUCUCCGAGCCCGGAGCGGCAACCCAUAAACUCGCCAAAUCAUCUGCCAGACGAUCGCCAAUACCCGCCUGGUGCAAUGGCGAGGUCUGCAUCCACCAAUAGAGGCGGCUUUCGUCCCGGUAAUCUAGUGCGGAGACUCUCAGGUGCAUCAGCGAAAGAACGUCAGCCAAUUGCGUCGAGAGGUGAAGUACAUUCGAUGGAGGCAUAUGGGCCAGAUGAGACAAGAGACGGCGCUUUGUCGCGUACUCACGACAAUGGCGGAUCUUACUUUCCGCAAACAUAUCCCAGGCCCACCAAUAAUUUCCAUAGGAGACCUACAGACCUCUCCGAGAAAAAUGCACUCAAAGCAAGUGCCAAAGGCGGGCCAGAAGGCGAGCAAUUCGGAAAUAUCAACCUCGAGAGUGGGCUUGAUAUCUGUCUAAACAUGGAGGUCGAUCAAAAGGAUCCUGCAGGUGUGACCAGACCAUACAGGUUAUUAGUGCCUGCUUUGUGGUACGAAGGAGACGCCGACAUAAACACGGCCAGAUUCAAGUCCAGGGGUGCUUCGAUGAUGGACCACUUAAGAGGCAAGACAGUUCACAGAUCACGCAGCUUCGAUGAGCACUCCUCCGUUAGCGGCGAUAGCCGCAGCAGUUCAGACAGCCUUCAUGGGCCGCCGACCAGAAAACUGGAUGACAGAGCUCUGAAUUCGAGACUGCAGACCACCGAACGUCACUCAGCUGCGCCUGUUAGAACUCGAGGACAUCCUCAUGGUCAUGACGGACCUUCGGACACGAGUGGAUUCAACAAGGAGAUCGGACCACCUCCUUCUCGUCACCGCCAUCCUGCGUUGGCGGGCACAGAGAACGAUAAAGCUCGCGAAGCCUCUAUCCAACCUCCAACUGAACCUCAUCCUUCAGAGCUUUCUACACGUGAGAAACGCUCAUGGAAUCCAUUUGGACGUCGGCAACAGAAUGGCCUCGACACCAACGAUCAGAGCCUCGAUGAUGGAUAUACGGACACAGAAGGAAGCUUCGUCGAGUCAGAAUUGGAAGAUGAACACUAUCAACAGCAACAGCGAGGCCGCAGACCAAGCAUUGCUGAUCGCAUUUUCGGUAGGAGUGCACAAGGAAUCGGAGAAAGACCAAAUAUUGACGAACAGUCACUUGGACAGCAAGAAGCUGCGAAAAAGCCAGGAUGGAAGAUUUGGAGAUAG